GUCACGAUGACAAUCAUUCAUUUCAAAUGUCAAAACAAACAAAACUGGAAUUUUGAGUAGGGUUAGUAUUUUAUAACAAUAAAUAUAUUAAUUUGUUCUGAAACAUGGCUGCUAUUCUGGGAGGCGGGCUAGGAGGACUCUCUACAGGUUACUAUUUACUCAAAAACAAUUUGAACAACAAUAAUAAUUUAAAACUUAUUCUAUUGGAAGCGACCAACUACUGCGGCGGGUGGAUCAAAUCUAUCCGCACGAAGGAUUAUGUAUUCGAACAGGGACCGAGGACUAUCAGACCCAAAGGGGUAAUUGGACUGAACACGUUGAAUAUGAUGGAAGACCUGGGUCUGAGCGAGCACAUCGCGGCCAUCAAGCCCGACCACCCGGCCGCUAAGAACAGAAUGAUUUACGUACGUAACAACUUGCAUGUAUUACCAUCGAGCCUGAUAAGUGUCUUCCAGAAGAACCAGCCAUUCUCCAAGCCUCUCAUCUAUGCUCUGUUCAAUGAUAUUAAGUCACCUUACAAAGAAAUGCAAGACGAUUCGAUUUACAACUUCGUUGAGCGACGUUUCGGUAAAGAAAUCGCAGACUACGCUAUAGCUCCGAUGAUCUGCGGUAUUUGUGCAGGUGACGCGAAGGAAAUAUCUGUCAAGUUUCUCAUGAAAACAUUGUUUGAAUAUGAACAAAACCAUGGAGGAGUUGUGAAGGGAUUGAUGAAGUCUAUGUUUCAAUCUAAGUCCGAUACCAACAUGGACCUAAGUGAAUUAGCUAAAAAGGCACAAGAAGAGAAAUGGAAUGUGUACACAAUAAAAGGAGGGUUAGAAACCUUCCCUGAUACUUUACAGAGCUAUUUAACUGACAAUAAAGUGGAAGUCAAUCUGAAUACCCAAGUUGAAGAAAUACAGUUUAUUGAUUCGAGCUGUGCAUUAAUGAGAGAUUCAAAAGGAAACAAUCUGACAGCCAAUCAUAUCUACUCUUCCAUACCAGCUUAUGCUCUUGCCAAGCUUGUGAGGAAGCAACACCCAGCAUUAGCAGAUAACUUGAAUGACAUUCCCUUUGUAACAGUAGGAAUAGUUAACUUAUAUUUUGAUAUAAAAGAACCACUAAUUGAACCUGCAUUUGGGUUUCUAGUGCCACCUAUUGAGAACUCUCCUAUUUUGGGAGUAGUGUUUGACUCUUGCUGUAUACCAGACCAGAAUGGAACAGUGCUAACUGUCAUGCUCGGAGGCAGAUGGUUCAAGGAGAAGUUUGGUGACGAUGCUUCAGAGCAGAUGCUAUUAGACAUAGCUAAGAAGGAAAUAGUCAAGAUAUUGAAUAUAAAGUUUGAGCCGACCGCACACCAUGUGAAUAUUUUGAAACAAUGUAUACCUCAAUAUGUAAUAGGGCAUUAUGAACGAGUUGAUAAAAUUCGAGAGUAUAUUGCUGUGCACAAUUUGCCAAUAUCUCUAGUUGGCUGUAGUUAUGAUGGGGUUGGUAUAAACGACGUCAUUUAUUCUGCUAAGAAACAAGUUGAAGACAGUCCUUGUGUAACAGUCACAAAAGAUUAUACUUAGUUCAAUUUUGGCAGGGAAGUUGGCAAUACAUUGUUGUUAGAAUUUGAAUGGGUUUGGGAAUGAGCAAUGCAUUUAUUUUGUUUUAUCAUGUUUUUUUGUUAAUAAAUGGUUUUAACUGUUUUA